UCCUCACCAGGCAGGGAGUCUGAGUGGCAGAGCCGUGUGUCUUUCAGAGAGAGCCGCACUGAUGCUACCCGGCACUAUGUCCUGCCCAGCUGUGGCAUGUGAGAUACCAUAGUUGAAUCAGGAGAGGUGGGCUUUUUUCCCCCUUUUUCUUUCUCCUUUUUGCUCUUCCAUUUGGAUGGGAAGCCCUCUUUUGGUGAAGCCAAGCAAGGUGGAAGACAGACAAGAGUGGGGGAACUGCUGGCAACCGCCACCACUCCCCCCCCCAGCUCACAGAGACGAGGAAAAACGGAGGCCGCUGGAGUAUUCGUGUUUUUCUUUCGCUUUGUGUUCUUCUUCUUCCUCAUCGUGGUGUUGGGAGGUGCUUUGUCUUUUCAUUUGCUUGCUCUCUCUCUUCUCUGCCUUGCCAUCUACUUCUCCAUUUACCUUGUCUACAAUUUCUUGUAUUUAUGAGCAACAGUCAGGAGGGAAAGAGAGGGGGAUAUUUCUUCUACGUUCUCCCCCCUUUUUUUUAUUUCCCUCAUCCAUUCACCCUUUCCUCCUCCAUCCUCCCUGUCCCUCCUGGUUUCUCUUCUCCCCUUCUGUGCAGCCACCUUUCCCCAUCACCAGCUCUCAUUGCAUCUGUCACUUCCUCCACCCACCAACUUUUACUGCUUUUAAAUCCACCAGUAGGCUAACAGUACUGAAUCCUUUUUUCUGUGAACAACAACAGAAACCACCAACCUCAGUGAUUAUUUUCUAUUUUCUCACCUUUUUUCCCCUCUUCUUUUCCCUUCUUUUCUUCUUUUUUCUCUCCCUUCAUCUUACGCAUCUCUAAUUUGGGGGACUCUUUGUUGUAUUUAUAGGUAGGUUAUUCAGUGUUCUGUGUCUGUCUCUCGGACUGUGUGUCUGCUUGUCUGCGUGUGUGUGUGUGUGUGUGUGCCUAUCCCUACAUGUGUGUGUGUGUGUUAUCUGCAUAUAUGACACAUGACCAAACAUACUCUAAACUGCUGAACAGAGAAGGGGGGGGCUCCAUCUGAAACCUGCUCGUUUGAUGGCUCUCUCCGAUCACCUCACCUUUUUUACAUUCCACUCAUCCUCCAACGUCCAUGUCUCCGUUGAGCCAUUGUAAACACCUCUUUUGCCUCUUUAGCGCCAUGCGAACAGCCACAAAGUCUGCUCUACCUGCACCUCUUUUUCAUUUCAGAGAGGCAUUUUUAUGAGUGAGUCAUUUUUUUGUCCCUCUGUCUGUGCUAUUGUUGGUGUAUCCAAAGUUUAGCUGUUGCCUUGUCUGUCAGCUGCCUCUCUGUCAUUUAAAAGCAUAUAUGCUAUGGUGUCCUUUAUGAGAUUCCCAAAAAUAACUAAUUGUAAAACAUCUGGUGAAUCAAUGAAAUAGCAGAAUAAUGAAAAACAAUUCCUGGCAAAUUCUGUGACACUACGGAACCAGUGCAGUCUGACGAUGCCUGUGAAACGUAUCCUGUAGCACAGUUUCUGGUGCUAAUUUCUUGCAUAGCCCAUCUUCAUUCCACUGGUCGAUCACCUGUCUGUGCAUACAUCUCUCUCUCCCUCCCGCUUUCUAUUCAUCCAUCGUCUCACCCUUCAACACACACACACAAGCACUCAAAUAGAACGAACUAAAGACGCUCACCACAAUUCUUUUACCUUUCAGAGGAUUUUGUUUUUUCAUUUAUCCUUCCUCACUUUCUCUUUUCAAGCUCCUCUCUACCCUUGCUGUUGUUGUAGCUCCCACCCCCACUCCCUCUGCCUCGUAAAGAUAAAUCAAUGGUUCAUCCAUUGAUUUAUUUCACUUUUUUUCCCUCCAUAUUUUCUACUUACCAUUCAACAAUUAUUCAAGCUUCUGGCUUAUUUCUCCUGUUGGAACCCUGAUCAUUUCACACUUUAUUUUAAGGUGAAAUGACAGCUGGAGCAGUUUUCUGCAGGGUCAUGGUUGCUCUCAAAGGUUCUAAUUUUAUAUCUUAAUUAUUCUUGUAAGAAUUUAUUGUUUAAUUUUACGAGUGGCAUGACGUGGUGCAGGUGAAUUAUUUUCUGUAUAAUGUUCAGCAAUAUGGGGCUUAAACUGUCGUGAAGUGAAAUUGUUAGUGCAGGGCAGUAGGUAAUUCAACACAACACAAACCAAAAAACUUGGACUUGAAAUUUCUAGGCGUGUGUGGCUGUGUGUGUGUAUGUAUGCGUUUUUGUGUGUGUGUGUCAUACAUAGCAAUAGUACUAUACACAGCUACGAAGAGCAAUUCACAAAUUCAUGCUUUCACCUCCAUCUCUGUUCACAUUGCCCUUUUAUCUUGAAGGAGAAUUUUAUGCAUCUCCUCCACACUGUCUGAAGACUUUGGCAGAAGAGCUUUUUGAAUGAAUUGUGGUGUGGUGCGUGGAGGAUAAAAUUGGAUUUAGCUUUUUUCCCUUGAGGAAUUACUCUUUGUAUGGGGGAUUGAACUGAAAUGCUAUAGCUAAAACAACAUUGUAAUUUGGGACUUUUUGAUCAUUUCCUAUCGGACUAAACCUGAUUUUAAUACUUUUUCUAAUACUGAAUUUUAAUGGGAUUUUACUAUCAAGAAUUAAGGACUCAACACCACUGUCUUUUGACUCAGUUUUAUUUUUUUUAUUAUUGUAAUACUAUUGCCCCAUCGUCCUGAAAACCUUUAAAACUGCUCUUACUCCAUAAUCAAUUGGACUUGCGACUACAAAGCGAUUGAAUAUAGAAGGGGAGGCUUCGGAUUACCCGCGCUGCAAAAGAACAUCUGAAACACCAAAACCCUCACGUGCAUCUCAAUCACUUGAGACUCAACAGCUGAGCUACUUUGCUUUCCCUCAGCAACUGAGUCUACCCUCUGUCUGAGGCUAUGAGAGGAAGAGCGGCAUCCCAGGCCACACCACCAUGCUAGCUCUGAGAGGCAAGGAUGAGAUUUUGGCUGGCAAUACACAAGGGAUUUUACUCACACUCCUCCUCCACCAUGCCUGUCCGUGGCGGCUGUGGUCCUCGAGCUUCUCAGGAAAGGCGGGCCCCGUGCCCGUCCGACCGGCCCGCAUCUGCCGCCGACGUCUCCUCGCGGCCGGCACCCGCCUCUCGCCCUCCCUCCUGCCGCCCGGCUUCGCGCCGGCUCCCGGGGCUGCUGCUGUGCCUGCUGCUGCUGCUGCUGCUGCUGCCCCCCACCUGCCACUCGCGGCGGGACAAGGGCGGCGGUGGGGCCGGCGGCGGUGGGGGUGCGGUGGCCCACUACAUCCCCCCGCUGUCGCACGGGCACCACCCGCCGGCGUACCCGGUGCUGCCGCGCAUCAUGCAGGGCCUGAGCAUCGCCGUGGUGCUGGUGGGCAACUCGAGCGAGGUGGCGCUGGCGGGCGCACGAGACAAGGACGACUUCUUCCAGCACAUGAAGCUGGCGCCCAACGUGGAGAUUCUCACUAUGAAUGAGACUGACCCCAAGAGCAUCAUCAAGAGCAUCUGCGACCUCAUGACCGAGCACUGGCUGCAGGGCGUGGUGUUUGGCGACGACACCGACCAGGAGGCCAUCGCCCAGAUCCUGGACUUCAUCUCUGCCCAGACGCACAUCCCCAUCCUGGGCAUCCGAGGGGGCUCCUCCAUGAUCAUGGCUGCCAAGGAUGACAACUCCAUGUUUUUCCAGUUCGGCCCCUCCAUCGAGCAGCAGGCCUCAGUUAUGCUCAACAUCAUGGAGGAGUAUGACUGGUACAUCUUUUCCAUCGUCACCACUUACUACCCUGGCUAUCAGGACUUUGUUACCAAGGUCCGCAGCACCAUAGAGAACAGCUUUGUGGGCUGGGAGCUGGAGGAGGUGCUGCUCUUGGACAUGUCGGUGGACGAUGGCGACUCCAAGAUCCAGAACCAGCUGAAGAAGCUGCAGAGCCCCGUCAUCCUGCUCUACUGCACCAAGGAAGAGGCUGCCACCAUCUUUGAGGUGGCGCACUCCGUUGGCCUCACCGGUUAUGGUUACACGUGGAUCAUACCAUCGCUGGUGGCAGGGGACACAUACCACAUCCCUGCCGAGUUCCCAAUAGGCCUGAUCUCAGUGUCGUACGACGAGUGGGACUAUAGCCUCGAGGCCCGCGUGCGGGACGGCGUGGCCAUCAUCGCCAAGGCGACCACCAAGAUGAUGCUGGACCGCGGCGCGCACACGCUGCUCAAGUCGGAGUGCCACGGCACCCCCGACAGCAAGAAGGGCCCCAUCACCGGGAACCCCAACGAAGUGCUAAGGUACCUCAUGAAUGUGACGUUCGAGGGGCGAAACCUGUCCUUCAGCGAGGACGGCUACCAGAUGCACCCCAAGCUGGUCAUCAUCCUGCUGGACAAGGAGAGGCAGUGGGACAGAGUGGGGAAAUGGGAGAAUGGCUCCCUGGCGAUGAAGUACCACGUGUGGCCACGCCUGGAGCUGGCUGGGGGCGAGAGCCGGGAUGAUGACCACCUGUCCAUUGUGACACUGGAGGAGGCGCCGUUUGUCAUUGUGGAGGAUGUUGACCCCCUGAGCGGCACCUGCAUGAGGAAUACAGUGCCCUGUCGGAAACAGCUCAAAAUCCUCAAUCAGACGACCGACUCGGGCAUCUACAUCAAGCGCUGCUGCAAGGGCUUCUGCAUUGACAUCCUCAAGAAGAUUGCUAAGCAUGUCAAGUUCACCUAUGACCUGUAUCUGGUGACCAAUGGGAAGCACGGCAAGAAGAUCAAUGGGACAUGGAACGGCAUGGUGGGAGAGGUGGUGACUAAAAAUGCCCACAUGGCUGUGGGGUCUCUCACCAUAAAUGAGGAGAGGUCAGAGGUCAUUGACUUCUCUGUGCCGUUCAUCGAGACGGGCAUCAGCGUCAUGGUCUCACGUAGCAACGGCACCGUGUCACCCUCAGCCUUCCUUGAGCCCUUCAGUGCGGAUGUGUGGGUGAUGAUGUUUGUGAUGCUGCUGCUGGUGUCAGCCAUGGCUGUGUUUGUGUUUGAGUACUUUAGCCCUGUGGGCUACAACCGCUGCCUGGCGGAUGGCCGAGAGGCUGGAGGUCCAUCCUUCACCAUUGGGAAGGCCAUCUGGCUGCUAUGGGGUCUGGUGUUCAACAACUCCGUGCCGGUGCAGAACCCCCGAGGCACAACCAGCAAGAUCAUGGUGUCCGUCUGGGCCUUCUUCGCUGUCAUCUUUCUGGCCAGCUACACUGCCAACCUGGCCGCCUUCAUGAUCCAGGAGGAGUACGUGGACCAGGUGUCUGGCUUGAGCGACAAAAAGUUCCAAAGGCCGAACGACUUCUCACCUCCCUUCCGCUUCGGCACCGUCCCCAACGGCAGCACAGAGAGAAACAUCCGGAACAACUACCCGGAGAUGCAUGGCUACAUGGUGAAGUUCCAUCAGAAGAAUGUGGAUGAGGCCCUCCACAGCCUAAAGACUGGUAAACUGGAUGCCUUUAUCUAUGAUGCGGCUGUGCUGAACUACAUGGCCGGUCGAGAUGAGGGCUGUAAGCUGGUCACCAUUGGCUCGGGGAAGGUGUUUGCCUCUACUGGCUAUGGCAUUGCCAUCCAGAAGGAUUCUGGCUGGAAGAGGCAUGUGGACUUGGCCAUCCUGCAGCUGUUUGGAGAUGGUGAUAUGGAGGAGCUGGAAGCUCUGUGGCUCACUGGGAUCUGCCACCACGAGAAGAACGAGGUGAUGAGCAGCCAGCUGGACGUGGACAACAUGGCCGGCGUCUUCUACAUGCUGGCGGCCGCCAUGGUGCUGUCGCUCCUCACCUUUAUCGCCGAGCACCUAUUCUACUGGCAACUGCGCUUCUGCUUCAUGGGCGUGUGCAACGGCAAGCCUGCCUUCACCUUCGCCAUCAGCAGGGAGAUCUACAGCUGCAUCCAUGGGGUUGAGAUCGAGGACAAGCCCUCAGCCCUCAAUUCACCCUCUGCCACCAUGAACAACACUCAUUCCAACAUCAUGCGCUUGCUGCGCACUGCCAAAAACAUGGCGUCCCUCUCCGGCGUCAACGGCUCCCCACACAGCGCCCUGGACUUCAUCCGCCGUGAGUCGUCCGUCUACGACAUCUCCGAGCACCGCCGGAGCCUGGCCGGCCACUCCGACUGCAAGCCGCCCUACCUGCCCGACGACAACAUGUUCAGUGACUACAUCAACGAGGUGGAGAGGACUUUCAGCAACCUGCACCUUAAGGACAGCAACCUCUACCAGGACCACUACCUGCACCACCACCCAGCCUCUGGCUCUAUGCUGGGGCUGACUGGACCUCUGCCCAAUAGGCCUCACAGCGUGGGCAGCGGUAGUUCCCUGGAGGGGGGCAUGUUUGACUGUGACAGCCUUGGAGGGGGAGUGGCGCCGAUUUUCACUACACAGCCAAGGUCUGCUCUGACCCACAGGAAUAUGAGCAAAUUUGACUUGUUGUCCAGCCAGACUCCGCCAUCAGGACCAGGCUUCAAACAGGGCCUGGCUGACCUCUAUGGGAAGUUCUCCUUCAAAGGCGGGGCAUCCAGUUCGGGCUACAUUGCUGGCCACGACCGGUACUGCGGUGGUGGGGAUGACGGCAACAUCAGGUCCGAUGUCUCGGACAUCUCCACACACACAGUCACCUACGGCAACUUGGAGGGCAACGCUAAGAAGCGUAAGCAGUACCGCGACAGCCUGAAAAAGCGGCCGGCAUCAGCCAAGUCGCGGCGUGAGCUGGACGAGAUCGAGCUGGGCUACCGCCGGCGGCCCCACCACAGCCACCACCACUACUACGGCCACCGCUCCGUCUCGCCGCCUCCGCUUUUGCCGUCGGAGCGCAAGCGAGGAGGGGUCACCUCCUCCACCUCCUACCUCUUCCAGGAUAAAGAGGGCCUGAGGGACUUCUACCUGGACCAGUUCAGGCCCAAGGAGGGCGUGCCCCAGUGGGAACACGUGGACCUGACCGAUGGCCCUGGCGGCGGUGGCAGAGUUGGCGGGGGCAACUGCGCCAGCCUGGUGUCCGUGGACGACUUCCUGAAAAGCAAACCCAAGAAGUCGGAGAGUAAAGGCUCAGGGGUCGGGGAUGUGGUGGGCAGCGGCGGCGACUGGGAAUGCCGAAACUGCAGAGCCAGCUCGACUAGCGUCGGGGGCAAGCAGAUGUCACUGCACGGUGCAGGAGGCGGCGGGUACUCUGGGGUGGGCUGUGGGGCAUCCGGUGGCGGCGGGGGAGGCGGAGGGGUCAGUAGCCGCCCGAGCUCGGCCACGUGCAUGCGCUGCGAAGCGUGCAAAAAGACGGGUAACCUGUACGACAUCAGAGAGGACAGCAACCACCUGCUGGAACAGCUGGGGGAGGGGAAGGGUGGGCUGGGGGGCCCGACUCAGGCCCAGCGCAGACGUUCCGGCUUCAGUGGCAAGCCCCUGCGUCGGCAGCAUUCCUACGACACGUUCGUGGACAUGCAGAAGGAGGAGGAGGCCGGCAUUGGCGGCGUCCUGGGCGGGAUGGGCCGGGCCGGAGGCAUGGGUGGCGCCGGGAUGGACGCCAUGCUGCCUCCGCCACGGAGCGUGAGCCUCAAGGAGAAGGAGCGCUACAUGGAUGGCAGCAACCCCUUCGGGCCACAUCUUGAGGCACGGGCGGCUCAGAGCGACGGGACCGAGACCCCGCCCUGGGCCCGGCGAGCCAAAGGCCCUGGGUCGCCCUUUGGCCUGUUUCGGGGCGAGGGCCUUCACCGGCGCUCGGUGGGUGAGAGGGACAUGCGGGACCGUGGUUUGAUGGAGGGAGGGGUUUACUCACUGUCGAAAUCCCUCUACCCCGACAGGGUGAACCAGAACCCCUUCAUCCCCACAUUCGGCGACGACCAGUGUCUCUUGCAUGGCGCCAAAUCGUACUACAUCAAAAAGCAGCAGCAGCAACAGCUGCCCAAAGGGAGCCGCACGGACUUGCGGAGCUCGGUGGGGGUCACCUCCUUUCUGCCAGCCUCCGCUACAGCAGGGGUAAUGUCCAAUGUGGCCCAGAGGUUCCCCAAGGAGCUGUGUCUGGGUGGACUGGGCCCCAUGGGCAACCAUCUCGGUGGGCCCAGUGGGAGCAAGCUGGGUCUGGGUCCUCAGCGACCCUUCAACGGCUCCAGCAAUGGCCACGUGUACGAGAAGCUCUCCAGCAUUGAGUCAGACGUGUGA